AAAUAUUAUCAAUUAGAGAAAAUUCCGAAUCAUAAAUGUUAUUAGUUUCUAUUAGAAGUGGCCAGAUUCCUGGCUCUCUCUUUAAUUAAAUUAAGUCAUCAUUUGUUAUCAGUCUGAGCGUAUUGGAAAGCGAAAAUAUUGAGACCCUUGAACGAGUCAAUACCAAAAUUUUAUUGUAUUUCAGUAAAUAGAUAGAAAAUGUUUCUUUGGGAUUGGGUAUCUGGAGCUUUAGGAUAUUUAGGUUUAUGGAAAAAGUCUGGAAAGUUACUUUUUCUUGGAUUAGAUAAUGCUGGAAAAACUACUUUGUUACACAUGCUUAAGGAUGAUCGUUUAGCUCAACACACUCCUACAUUACAUCCAACAUCUGAAGAAUUAUCAGUUGGGAAUAUUAAAUUUACAACAUUUGACUUGGGUGGUCAUUCUCAAGCUCGUAAAGUAUGGAAAGAUUACUACCCAGCUGUUGAUGCCAUUGUUUUUUUGGUCGAUACAUGUGAUCGUCAAAGAAUAAUGGAGAGUAAAAAAGAACUAGAUUCUUUACUUCUUGAUGAAUCUUUGAUUAACUGUCCAGUACUUGUUCUUGGAAAUAAAAUUGAUAGACCAGGAGCACUCAAUGAACACGAAUUAAGAACAUAUUUUUCUUUACAUCAAACUACUGGAAAGGGUAGAGUAUCAAGAGCUGAACUUCCUGGGCGCCCAUUAGAAGUUUUUAUGUGCUCUGUUCUAAAGCGUGAAGGUUAUGCGGAAGGAUUUAGAUGGUUAGCACAAUAUAUUGAUUAAGAUAUAAUAUGCCUAAUUUUUUUUUUAAAUAUACAUAUUUAUAAAAAUUAUGAUUCAAAUAUAUAUAUUUUUUUUUACUGUA